AUGGCAAUUCAUAUGCUAGUGGGCUUUGGGUUUCUCCUUGGAGUUCAAAUUGUACGACCUUUCCUACCCGGGGAUGAAUUCAACCAAGGCAAGAGCCCUCAAGACGUGUGCUCUUCUGCUAACCGAUCAUCAAUGACGCCAUUCGAAAAGGACGCAGAUGAUGACAUUUUAUCCGUUGUGCCCCAAGUCUGGAGCCUACCAUCCAUCUAUUGGCCAUACAUCAUCCUCAGCAUCGUCAACAUCUUAGUGGCCUUAGCUUUCCUGGCCUUGGCUUUUUGCGUGUCGCCCACGAAGUUUUCGAUGCCCGUUUUUGACUCGGUUAUAGCCAAGGAAGAUCCCAAGGAAGAAUAUGCUAAAUUGGUCCGCUGGAUUCCCUUCUUAUUCUUGGUGUUCAUGUUUUAUGCCAUUUCAUGUGGCAUCGAACGGAUUUUCCAAUCAAUGGUCUUCACCUUCGGUCUUUGUGGACCAUUGGCCUUGUCGCCCAGUGCGGCCAAUAUCUCGGAUUCGGCAUACAAUGGUGGAUUUCUGGCUGGUCGGGUGGUGGCCACUUUGAUUGCGGGUUUCAUCCGACCUCGGAAUAUGUUGAUAGCCAGUUUGGGAUUGUGUUUAGUUGCCUCGAUCAUCUUGGCCGCUUUAGGAAGCUUUACAGCCGGUGGGCUUUACACUGCAUCGGCCUUAGUGGGCUUUACCAUAUCCUGGCAGUAUGGGAGUGCGUUCUCGUGGACUGCGCAGAAAUUAGAUAUCACUGGCAUCGUAGCAUCGUUGUUCGCAGCUUCAUGUGGCAUUGGAGGGAUGAUAUCUGUGCCCAUCAUCGGAUUCCUUCAAUCGAAAGCCAAUCCAUCCAGCUUUAUUUGGGCUGUGGUCAUAUUGGCUUGUGUCCAUGUCAUCAUUUUUGUGAUCAUGUGGUUUGUGGGGAAUAAACUGAAAAAAAGUGAUUCGAAAAUAUUCCCGGGUGAGGUCCAUGACUUUCCCAUGAAGACGAUUGACGAACAUUGA